AUGUCUGGCCGGGGCAAGGGCGGCAAGGGGCUCGGCAAGGGCGGCGCCAAGCGCCACCGCAAGGUGCUGCGCGACAACAUCCAGGGCAUCACCAAGCCGGCCAUCCGCCGCCUGGCUCGGCGCGGCGGCGUCAAGCGCAUCUCGGGGCUCAUCUACGAGGAGACGCGCGGCGUGCUCAAGGUCUUCCUGGAGAACGUCAUCCGCGACGCCGUCACCUACACGGAGCACGCCAAGAGGAAGACGGUCACGGCCAUGGACGUGGUCUACGCCCUCAAGCGCCAGGGUCGCACCCUCUACGGCUUCGGCGGUUAA